AUCGACUGUUAAUCGCACCACAACAGAAUUUGUUUUGAUUCGCCGGAAACGAUGGAAUACCACAACAAGCUCGUCCUCGCUCCCAUGGUUCGAGUUGGAACGCUGCCGUUUAGGUUACUAGCUGCUCAAUAUGGUGCAGAUAUUACAUACGGGGAGGAGAUUAUUGAUCGUAAAUUUCUCAAGUGUGAACGCAGAGUAAACGAAUACAUUGGGUCAACAGAUUUUGUGGAGAAGGGAACAGAUAAUGUUGUAUUUAGAACUUGUCACCAAGAAAGAAAUCAGGUAGUAUUUCAAAUGGGAACUUCUGAUGCUGUGAGGGCUCUAAACGCUGCAAAGAUAGUGUGUAAAGAUGUUGCAGCGGUAGAUAUCAAUAUGGGCUGCCCCAAGUCAUUUUCCGUGAGUGGGGGCAUGGGUGCUGCUCUGUUGGCUAAACCGGAGCUCAUUCAUGAUAUUUUGACAACACUGAAGAGGAAUUUGGAUGUUCCAGUGACAUGCAAGAUUCGACUUCUAAAAUCAUCUCAGGAUACUGUUGAACUGGCAAGGCGAAUUGAGAAAACAGGUGUUUCUGCUCUUGCUGUGCAUGGAAGAAAAGUAGCAGAUAGGCCAAGGGAUCCAGCUAAGUGGAGUGAGAUUGCUGAUGUUGUAUCAGCAUUGUCUAUUCCAGUUAUUGCUAAUGGCGAUGUCUUUGAGCAUGAUGAUUUUCAACGCAUUAAAAGUGCUACAGGUGCCUCGUCGGUCAUGGUUGCUAGAGGAGCUCUCUGGAAUGCAUCAAUGUUUUCUCCUGGAGGCAAAUUACAGUGGGAAGAUGUGAAAAGAGAAUAUGUUUGGAAGAGCAUCUUAUGGGAUAACGACAUCAAAAGUACAAAGCACACUUUGAAAGAAAUAAUAAUGCGUUAUUCUUGCCUUGAACUCCCAGAAGGGAAGGCUGUGAUCAAGUCAGAAACAUUGGCAGAUCUAGCGAAACUUUAUGGGGAGGAAAAGUACUACCAGUUUGUUAGUGAUAACCGAUCUUUGGUCAACGGAAGUAGAUGAAAUUUAGUGAUUCAGUCAAUAUUAUUGCUUGUUGUCCAAGCUUGAACGGUACAGAGUUUUGACAAAUUGCGGACACACUACACCCACUGAGAUUAUGUAGGAAAGAAUAAGAAAGGGUAGCGAAGUAGGGUGCUCAAUGCUGAUAUUUUUUUUCUCAGUGCCCUGCUGGCAGAAAUGUGCCAUGUUGAAGGGGCUUGUAUUCUUUGGAAUGUGCCAAAUGUGCUCAGUAAAAUUUUGAUCUAUAACUUAUGUUGUAAGAAUUUUCAAAGUAGGGUUAUUAAUGAUGUGUCAACUCUCCUCAUACUUCUUUUAA